ACGCCUCGCCGCGCCGAGCCCGUCGCCAUGCAAGCAGAGAAGGCAGCCGGGAAGCAGGAGGGCGGCAGGCCCUUACAGCUCACCAUGAAGAGGGGCUACGAGGUGCUCCGCGACCCGCACCUCAACAAGGGCAUGGCUUUUACCUUGGAGGAAAGGCAACAACUGAAUAUCCAUGGACUGUUGCCACCUUGCUUUCUCAGUCAAGAUGUCCAGGUUUUGACUAUUCUUAAGAAUUUUGAAAGACUGACAUCCGACUUAGACAGAUAUAUUCUACUAAUGAGUCUUCAGGAUCGAAAUGAAAAGCUUUUCUAUAAAGUGCUGACUUCUGACAUUGAAAGGUUCAUGCCUAUUGUUUAUACUCCCACUGUGGGACUGGCUUGCCAGCACUAUGGUUUAGCGUUUCGGAGGCCACGAGGACUUUUUAUUACUAUCCAUGACCGGGGACACAUUGCUGCAAUGCUGAAGUCCUGGCCAGAAAGUGUCAUCAAGGCUAUUGUAGUGACAGAUGGAGAACGCAUUCUUGGUCUUGGAGACCUUGGAUGCUAUGGAAUGGGCAUCCCAGUUGGUAAGCUGGCACUUUAUACAGCAUGCGGAGGAGUGAAACCUUUUGAGUGCCUACCAGUAAUGCUGGAUGUGGGAACAGAUAAUGAGGCAUUGCUGAAAGAUCCUUUGUAUAUUGGGCUGAGACAUAAGAGAAUCAGAGGUCAAGCCUACGAUGAUCUUCUUGAUGAAUUCAUGGAAGCUGUGACUUCAAGUUAUGGCAUGAACUGUCUCAUUCAAUUUGAGGAUUUUGCUAACGUUAAUGCAUUCCGCCUGCUGCAUAAGUACCGUAACAAGUAUUGCACUUUCAAUGAUGACAUUCAAGGAACUGCAUCUGUGGCGGUUGCAGGUCUUCUUGCAGCUCUGCGUAUCACGAAGAACAGGUUAUCAGAUCACACAGUGUUGUUCCAAGGGGCUGGAGAGGCUGCACUAGGGAUAGCAAACCUUAUUGUUAUGGCUAUGGAAAAAGAAGGGCUGUCUAAAGAUGCAGCUGUCAAAAGGAUAUGGAUGGUUGACUCAAAAGGACUGAUAGUGAAGGGGCGUGCCUCAUUAACAGAAGAGAAAAGUCGUUUUGCACAUGAACAUGGUGAAAUGAAAAAUCUAGAAGAUAUUGUUAAAGAUAUAAAACCAUCCGUGCUAAUAGGAGUUGCUGCAAUUGGUGGUGCUUUUACUAAACAAAUUCUUCAGGAUAUGGCUGCUUUCAACAAAAAUCCUAUUAUUUUUGCUCUCAGCAAUCCUACCAGCAAAGCAGAGUGCACUGCUGAGCAGUGCUACAAAUACACAGAGGGACGUGGCAUUUUUGCCAGUGGAAGUCCUUUUGAUCCUGUCACUCUUCCAAAUGGAAAAACUCUAUAUCCUGGACAAGGUAACAAUUCUUACGUGUUCCCUGGAGUUGCCCUUGGUGUUAUUUCAUGUGGACUGAAACAUAUUGGCGAGGAUGUGUUCCUCACAACUGCUGAGCUUUUUGUUAAUAUUGAGUAGAGCUGCUGGACCUCUCCUGUCAACAGCUGGUGAAAGCACUCUGGUUCUUUGCACCUCAGCUUGAGGUGAUGUUAUUCUUCCCAUUUUGUUUCAUAUCCUUUUCUGCACUGGUUCUUCUCUUUCUUCAGGCAGUAUGUUAGCAUCUUUGUUCUGGUAUUAUCCAGCUUUUGGUCUGUCCUCCUUUAUCUCUCCAAUUGGUGGGUAAGAGAUAAAGAGAGUAAACACGUUUGGUUUUGGACUGACCUCUUACUUCCUAAAAUUGUUCAAAAUCUGACAUCCACAGUCUUACAGUAUGACAUCACAAAUACACAAGAUUGUCUCUUCAGCACACAUCAGAGAAGAAUCUGGCCUAUAUUGCUUAGAGGCCCUUCAUCAAAAAACAAACAAACAAACAAACAAACAAACAAAAAAACAACCAGGAGUUGUUGAAAUCAAAUGCUCUUACACAGGUGGGUUUUUUUGUGUGUUUUUUUAAAUUAUUAUUUUUAUUUUUAACAAAAAACUCCCCCAAGGCUGUAAGUCAAUCUUUCUGUAGCUGCUUUUUGCUUAAGAAGAUUGUAACUUUCUGUGCUUUUCUGGGUCCAGCAUCUUUGCUCAUCUGCUAUAAGCAGAUUGCACCCUUACCACUCUGCUCUGACCUUAUCCUUGUCCCUGCCUUCUUGCACCAUCCUGAUGUUCCUGUGUCCUCUGCACCAGCAACAAUAUAAUGAGCCUCACAAAGCUCAGCUCUGUCCAUGCACAUUCAUUCAAAGCCUGAUACAUUUUUUUUUUAAUGGUAUGGACAAAAGGAUGGCUAGGCUCAGUUUACCAAGAUAACUAUAAUUAAUCUAGAUUCCAUGCAGUGGUGAUUUUUACUCACUGCAGUUUGUACCCAUUUGCCAUCCACGCAAGUUCAUGAAAUUGCAGUGUCCUGAUCCUCAAAGAAGCUGUAUGAGAAGCUGGAGAACACAUCAGUAGUGGCUUACACAGAUGAAGCCUAAAAGCAGUGAAGUUAGAAAUUAUGGAACAAUCUAAAAAGAAAAGGUUGCUCCAGUUAGCAAAAAAAAAAAAA